AUGUCAGCAUUCUUCUUUUGGAUGCAAGAGAAUCGUGAACGUCUGAAGAAGCCGGGUAUGGGAGUAGCUGAUGUGGCUAAGGCAGCCGGCGCUGAAUGGGCAAAGCUUGCCGAUAAGUCGAAAUGGGAGAAGAAAGCAGAAGAGGAUAAGAAAAGAUAUGAAAAAGAUUUAUUGGCCUAUAAAGAAGGACUGAAACAUGCUGGUUGA